AUGGGACCUAAAAGAGUCGCAGAUAGCUCAUGGGAGCAACGAAAGGAGCUCAACAAAAGUGUGGCUCCCUUUUGGUGUAACGAACCACCCUGCAAUGGAGUUAAUGUUCCUGCGGAAUUGAUUUCGAUGCACGUUCAGCAAAUGCAUGAAAAUGUAUGUGAAGCUUGUGGAUUGAACCUGAUAAAUGAAUGGUCACUAGAAUUGCAUCUUUCGGAAUGCCAUGAUCCUUUUAGGCCGGCAAAAGGUGCCUUUAUGUGCUAUGAAAUGAACUGUGAUGAGCAUUUCGAGAACCAUCUUGAUAGGGUUCAACAUCUCAAAGACAAUCACAAUUACCCAGACGAUUACCCAUUCGAUUUUAUUUAUGAAGGCUAUACAGAUUAA